AUGGAGGACGACAACUCGCCCGAUUUCGUGGCGCAAGCGCUCGAGGACGACAUCUUCGAGUGGCACUUUGUGAUCCGAGGGCCUCCGGACACGGCCUUUGAGGGCGGAAUGUACCAUGGACGAAUACUGCUUCCCCCGGAUUACCCAUUCAAGCCACCAUCUUUCAUAAUGCUGUCCAAGAAUGGCAGAUUCGAGACAGGGAUUAAAAUAUGCUUGUCCAUUUCCUCCCAUCACCCUGAGCACUGGCAGCCAUCUUGGGGUGUCAGAACGGCACUCACAGCAUUGGUUGCGUUCAUGCCAACACCGGGCAAGGGCGCUCUGGGCUCACUGGAUUUCCCGGCAGCAGACCGCAAAGAUCUAGCUAGGUUGUCAAGGACGACCAUUCCCAAGUUUGGACCACCUGCCAGGCAACGAGUUGCUGAAGAGGCUCAUGAGAAGGCACUGGAGCGGUUCAAGCUGCCCUCCCAAGGUGGGUCCCUUCCAGGUGGCCUCGAUCCCAAAACUGUAUCCCAGCCAACUGUGGCAAAGGGCGCAGGCACAAAAUCAUGCCCUCCUGACAGGAGGGAAAACUGUGACCUGCCACCCGCGGAAGCACGACAACCUGCCGAUCGACGACGGCUGGAGGCGGAUAAUGCUGACUGGGGACUCUCUGUGCUGUCAUGGGCACUGCUGUUCAUGAUCUUUGCACUGGUUGCAAAGAAGGCCCUUACAAGAGCAGGAUUUGAUGUUAUGUCUUUCUUGGAAUGA